GGCGUUGUAGCUGUUGAAAGCUGUCGGUUGGUGGAUUUGUAGUUUGUGUCGCAUUGUGUUUUAAUUGUACAAAUUUGUAAAUUAAAAUUUGUUAUGAUUCUUGUGGAAACAGACUAGAAAAUGAACAUGUCCGCCUUAUUUGCGUGCUCCAAGUGUUUCUCGAGGCACCCUUUCGAGGAACUCUCCGUUGGCCAACAGUUGUGCAAAGAAUGCCGUGGCGCUUUUCCAGUUGUGAAGUGUACUUACUGCAGGUCUGAAUUUCAGCAGACAAGUAAAGGAAGCCCCAGUGCAAUUUGUAAAAAAUGUGAGCAGAAUGUAAAGCAGUUCGGUAAACCUUCAGCUUGUGAAUAUUGCAAUACAAUAGCAGCAUUCAUCGGGAACAAGUGUCAACGUUGUACCAACUCUGAGAAGAAAUAUGGUCCUCCGGUGACUUGUGAACAGUGCAAACAAAAAUGUGCUUUUGAUAGGAAAGAUGAAGAUAAGAAGGUUGAUGGAAAACUUCUUUGUUGGCUGUGCACACUGUCAUACAAAAGAGCUCUUGCCAAGACAAAGCAAACAGAUGCCGAAAGAAGAGCUCACCUGAAACUUGCAGCCCAACGAGCCGCAAAGGGGAAAGAUAUUAAGCACAAAAGUCACAGCAAGCGACCGCACCGUGUUGAUGUUACUAAACUUACUGCUGCUCCAGAUGGCAUGGACAAAUCAGAUGGCAUUCCUCCAGCUAAACUUGCUCGCUCCUCAGGAAACAAUAGGGGAGAUCCACUUGAUCCGAAUUCUUCAGACCAUGUUGUUGCGAUGACACAGCUCAAAGAACAAAUUGCAUCUCUGCAGAAACAGCUCACCCAAAAGGAUGCCCUGCUGCUUUCUAAAGAUAAACAGAUGACAGAGCUCAAGGCGAAACAUUUUACCACUGAGAGUGAGUUGAGGAAUAAAAUGAAGACAAUGCAGAAGGAGCAUGACAACAAAGUGGAACAGUUACACUUGAAGGUUAAAUCACUGCAGAAGGAAGUAGCAACACUUUCCAAGAGCACAAAGAGGCAAGGUCUACUUGCAAAUAAGGAUGGUCUAAGUGGUGGUGGCACAGGCAGCGGUAGUGGCACCGACAGUCCGUCACUUGCUUGAUUUAUCUGCAUCAGUGACAUUCCCAUGACCAAAGGCUCCAUAACAAGUCCAUCUGAUCUAUUUUAUUGUGGUAUGUGUAUUGCAUUUCUUCAUUUGGCACAAUGAAGAGGGACAUCUGUUACUCAGUUAUUUUUUGUGAACUGUAAUCUCUUAAGUCUUUUAUGACAAGCCAAGACAUACCAGAAAGAUUUAAUCCACAUAAUCAUACCUGUAAAUGUACUGGUAGUGAUGUACCAGGUGUCAUUUUUAUCUUUUGUGAUGCUGAGCAUGUGUUCUUUAUCUAUUGGGCAUCCAUCACAGACAUUUUGAACUUCAUUGGGUGAGCUUUUAAAAAAAAAAAACACUUUUAUGUAUCAUUUGUGAUUGCAGUUUUUUACUUUAUUGUACUAUUCAUGUGAAAUUUUUUUAAAUAUUGCCCUUACCAUACUUUUGAUGAUUUUAGUAAUUUAGCAUAUUUUUAUAGUUUCACACAUUCAGAUCAAUCAUAAAAAAUGUACCUGAAACUGUUCUAGAGUCCAGCCCUAGAAAAUCAUUUUACCUUUUCAGGCCUUUAGCAAUGGUAUUUAGAGUUUUUUAAGAAAAUAAUGCAAAAAAAUAUUUGUGGUGACAUGUAGUUUUGGCUGUUAAAAAUAUAAAGUUUAUUGAUACAAGUGAUACACUAACUAUGGAGUAUUUAUUUGUAACAUCCCCAUGUAACUCAUACCAACCCUUUAAGUCAGGUUGGUGCCAUUUCUUACAAGUGAUUUUGAAUGUUACAUCAUAACAUAAAUAUUAAAUACUUUUAUAUAUUUCUCAAUUGUGAUGAUGUGCCCUGAAUUGUAGAGGCAAGUAAUUUAAUUUUGAGAUUUGGCCUAUUGGAAUACUGAUGUUUUGGAAUGUGCAGUGUGUGGGAAUUUGAAACUAAAGUGAAGAAAGAAAAUUCAAGAUGCUUGGCAACUUUGACAGCACUUUCUCUUAUGAUUGACACUUCAUGCAACAGAUGCAAUGUAGAUACGGUUAAUUUUUAUGCUUAUGGCUUCCGUAUAAUUUUGUUAAUUGAGUCUAAGCGUGGGCAUAAAUUAUAAUUGAUUGUGUUUAUCAAGUAAAUUGCCCUGGAAGUGUCAUUUGUUAAAACCUCAUUUACAGAUCCACGCAAAAGACAGAGGUCCAACAUUGUAUGAAAGUAAGUAAGGACAGGAAUGUCUUAUGUUUAGUGUUUGGAGAUAAUUAAGAAAAUAGUAAGAUAUUCAUGUAAGACAAAUUGUCCUGUUUUCUCCCUUAAUAAAUUGAAGAGUCACUGUAGUUAAUUGCAGAAUAUCUGUUCUUCCAAUAAGUAUUGUUUCUAAAUUAAUUUGGUCCCUGUAUGGCUCAUUCUACGUGUCAGUGUUUGGCAUAUUUAUCAGUUGCCUCCACCAUAUGUGUGUUUUCACAUGGACAUGCGUGGAAAGAAUGUUGUUUGUAUUUUUAUCCAUGAAGUAUUUCAUGACAUAAAGGCAAUAUUUUAAAAGUUUUAAAACCAUAUUUCUGUUUUAGAUCUAAAGAUUACACAGAUUCAAAUGUGGAGACAAAUCACUAAGCAUCAUCCAGAAGUGUUAGGCGGCAGGUAUGCUGUAUAAGAAUGAUGAUAGCAGCUUAAUCUUUCAAAAAUGCUGUUUGUUGUUGUAGUAUAUGGACAAAUGCAGCAUUUUCAUGUUCUCAGACACUUCUCUAUGGUGUUGAAGGUAUGUCCUCCACUGUUUUCAUUAUUCUCCAUCCAGGAUUUACCAUUACACGUGUUAAAAUACGAUUCUGUUUAAAUAGUGCUGGAUGAGAACUAACUCCUGUUUAUGAAGAAUGUAGCAAUUAAGUGACAACAUUUUUGACUUCACAGAAUUACGUAUAGAAAGUUUUAGUCGAUGCUCAUUUUAUUCACAAAUGUAUAUCCCCUUCUUUAUUAGUAGGGAGGAAGAAUUACAAAAGGUUUGCUGCUAUGAUAUUUGUGUGACAGUAGUAAGAGGAGAUGAAUGGUUUGUCAUAGGUUGAUGUUAAUGACAUUCAGUACCUAUUUUAUAGAGUUAUUGCAUUAUUACAUGAAGAAUUGUUUAGGCAGUCUAAUUUCAUGUACCUGUUAUUUUCUCUGCCCUAAAAGAUCACUGGAUGGCACCUACUACAUAACUGUAUGGCAAAACGGCAAUGGCUAUCGUUUGCUUGAAAUCAGUUUUUGCUCAAGUCAUAUCCUUAUGUAUCACAUUCUUAAUGUAUAAAAUUUUGAGUUAUCAAAUUUUUUUCCAAAAUUUUGUGUUAAGUUUGAUAAUCUGGUGUAUUUCUUUCUUUUAAAAACUGUAACCAUUAAUUUUAAUGCUCAGUGUCCUUGUUUUGGCAUUGUUAGUGUUUUUUGAGUAAAUGAUUGUUGUGUAAAGAGCAGUAUAAUUAAUAUUUGCAAUGUAGUUUUAAUUAGGUACAUAGAAUGUAUUGAUAAUUAAGUAGCAACAGUAUAGUAAAUGACAUGGCCCUCAAGCAAUGGUUUGCAUGUUUCUGAUUCAGUGUAACUUUGUAACAUGUAAUUGUCUAAAUGUUUUAUUUAAAUAUUGUAAGCUCUUUUUUUUCUAUGGAUUGGAAAGUUUAUUCAUGUAAACUCAGUUGACAAAAGACAAGUUUAACUGUAAACAAUAGGUGAAACUUUCUGUAUUGUUGUGAUGUUGACACUUGUACCAUUCAGUAUGGCUUUUUUUUGGGGGGGGGGGGGGGGUGUUGUAACAACUUCAUACAUGUUAACAAACUUAUUACAAUCAAAGUCGUCAUGUUGCACACAUUUUUGUUUGGAGUUGAUAGAUUGUUGUGGUUAUUACAGUAGAUGUUUAGCAUGCGACAUUUAUAAAUAAGCAUUUCAAAUUCUUUCUUUUUUGGUAUUCACUUUUGUUGCUUGGGGGUCAUAUUGCAGUAUUAAUUUUGAUACAUUGCUUCAGAGAAUAAUUCCGUUUUUGAUGUGAACAUUAUUUUACUAUAAGCGGAGGUCAUACCUGUUUUGUGGUAUUAGUUCCUGCAUAAAAGAUGAUUGACUUCAUUAGGACUUAACAGAAAACAGUGUUUUGGAACACAUUUUUUCAAGCAUGAUAGCAGGAAACUUAUUUUCACAAUAAAAUUUAUUUCAUAAUGCUUUGAUAUGAUAUAACAUGCUUAGUAAGUUCUGCUAAACAAAUAUGUGUACUAAGAGAUAUUUCUUUUGCCUCUGUUAAAAUAUUGUCCUAUUUGAAGAUUGUGUCCACAUUUUAUGUCACCGCACCACUGUUACAUGACCAUUAUUUGUGUGUGUUUAUGGGCAGAAGUAAAUUGCCGUACUCAUUGCAGUUACACUAGAACUUCAGUAGCUUAGAAAUGUAAGGGGCCUCUGCAGUGUUUUCCUAGCUAUAAUACAUUUCUGCACAUGAUUGGGUAUAACUGUCCAAGUUAUAAUUAGAGGAAUUUGAUGUGUUUUCAUUUUUGGAAGUUGUAAAGAUUUUUUUUUUUAAGUUCUCAUGAAUCAUGUAUGCAGUCUUUAGAAUAAUGCAAGAAGACAGCUUAUAGUCUGUUCUGUCGUUGGAAAAAUAAUAAAUAUUUUUACUUAUUGCAAUUUUAAUAUUAUAAAGUUGGCUCUUUCUGUAAUUUACAUUUGACUUCACUGAUUCUAAGUCAAAUGCCUGAAAAUCUAUUUAAAACAAAAUUUUUAUCAUAGUCACCUUGUGUGUAAUUUUGUGUCAGUGUUUCGAUCUCUAUGAAUUUAUUAGUUGUAACAUCACAAACGUGUGUGUGUGUGUGUGUGUGUGUGUUAGUUGAUAUAGUGUCAGUAUCUAAAAUGUGACAUACAUUUUAUUACAAUUUUUUUUAUUCAUUUGCCUGAAGAGCCAAUAUUUAAGAGUUUAAUUUGCAUGCAGUCUUAACAAAUAAAUUGUAACAUUAUUGUUCAGUUUUCCUCCUAAGAUACGGUCAUUGAAUUUCAUGUGCCUGUAUAGCUAUCCAUUUUGUGUGUGACUCCUUUGUUUCUUUUACCAGAUUCUGUGAUGAAAAACGUGUAUGAACUAUUCUCAGGGAUUGAACUAUAUGUCAUAAUGUAUAGACAUACGUUCUAAAUAUCUCUCCUUAUAUGUAGAUUUUUCAUAUAUGUGUUGGCACAGCCCAUCCCUCUCUUCAAGCAAUCUGCAGACCACAGAGGAAACACUGACAGAUUUGCAGUCACUUCAGAUUAAGAUGUCUGUUCUAGAUUGAGACAGCAUUCUAAAAUCAUGUUAUUGUCUCCAGUUACCAAGCAAGCUCUGUAUGCAGCUUGGCAGAUUAUGUUGGUUGAUAAGAAUGAAAGGUUCACAGUUUUUCUCAAGUCAGUGUUGCAGUUACAUAUCUGGUUGGCUGCAUUCCUCACUGUUAUAUUCCACACAGUUAACAUGUGUACAGUCCAUAGUUAAAUAUUUGACAGUUGUCAGUAGUAUGAUCAUAAAGGAAACAUUGGAGAAAUCCUCGUAUGAUUAUAAAGGAAACAUUGGAGAAAUCCUCUGACAUUACUGCUUGUACUCUAUUUUUGAAUGAAGUAAUUGACUCUUAAACUCUAAAUUAUUUCCAAUCCUCCCACUCCCUUUCAGUUAUCCAGCUAUUUUAGAUAGAUACAGAUUUUGCAGUAGAUACUUCCAAGAUUUUACCUAUUGUAUCCUUUCAGCAACUUUUGGAAAUUCAGGUUUAACACUAGCUGUGGCAGGCGAAGGAACUCCACCCCACCCCACCCCUCUCCUCUGCUCCCUAAUGGCAGUACUAAAAAAAAAAUUGUGUGGCUAAGAAAAGAGAGUGUUCAUGGUGACACUGUAAAGAAACAAUAGAGCACUUACUGAAUUAUGCCUUUGUGCCAAACUCAAGAUUAUUUAUUUGUGAGGUAACAGUAAAUAUGAGAACAGCAGAACUGUUGGAAUGGAAAAAGUUAACAGUUUACAGAAAUAAUUGGUAAAACAAAGCAAGAAUGCAAUUAAGUUUUGAUUGUAGAGGAUUCAAACAAUGGAAAAUCUAAGAUGGAGUGUGACAAUAUUACGGAAAAGAUAGUUGCUACUCACUAUAUAGCCGAGAUGCUGAGUCGCAGAUAGGCACAACAAAAAGACUGUCAGAAAGUGAGCAUUCAGCCAACAAUGUUUUCAUUGUAAAUAGACAAUGUACACACACACACACACACACACACACACACACACACACACACGGUUGUGUACGUGUGAGUUGUGUUUGCAUGAGAGAAUGUUGGUUAUCUUGUCUAUUUCCAACAAAUGCCUUGUUGGCUGAAAGCUCACUUUUUGAGUCUUUUUGUUGGGUCUAUCUGCGACUCAGCAUCUCUGUUAUAUGGUGAGUAACAAUUUUCCUUUUCAUAAUAUUAUAGAGGAAUUACCACACGAGGGAAAAUGUUUUGUGUACAAGCUGAAACAACAGCAUUCAAAUGGCAUAUCCUCAAUAAUGGGACAUAAUUUACAUUGUAAUGUUUUUGUUUUGUUUUUGCUGUAAUCUUAGUUUCUGUUAUGUUUUUGUCCAUCAAUUGAACAGUGUCUUACCAACGUUUUUAGUUCUGUUCUAUGUUAUAAGAUCAUGGAUAGGGAAACAGGUGUUGCAUUGGGGGCAUUGAGAAAUCUUUGAUUUCCACAUAAUAUGAUUGUUUACUCCCAUUUCUCACAUUUUCCAGCACCACAUGCUAUUUGUAGUGCCUAUAUAUUAUACUUAUCAUACUACACUGGUAUAUCUGUUACUUAUUCACGUUUGGUUGCCCACUAAGAAAUAUGUAACAAUGAAUGUGUAAGUUCUGUAAAAGUUUUGUAUUUGUAAUUUAUAUUUUCUUCAUUUUCUCAUUAUCAGCCUGUUGCCUAUGAAAUAUUGUUUGAAUCUAUAAAUGAUAUGUACAUAAUAUACCGCAAUGAUUUGUUAGUCAUGUUUUCUGCACUGUAGACAAUCUUAAAAUUUUUUCAGGUAUUACAAGGUCUUUAACUUACUCUGACUCUUGGUUGUCUGUUUCAAAGUGAUGAUUUAAAAUUUUCUGUCAUAGACAGUAAAAAUGUUUUAACUAUCAAGAAGACACAUUAUUUGCUGCAAGUGGAGGGACAGCAAUUUGUUAUGAUAGUAGGACACAGACCAUUGUCUAAUCCAGUGUUCAGUCAUUUCCACUUCUGUGGCAUUGAAGUAAAUGUAUCAUUUCUUCAUUGCUCGCAGUGUCUUAAAGAAGAAGGAAAAAUUCUUUAUCGGAUACUUAAAAAAUGUUUUGUGUUAAUGUUGUUGUUGUUAAAGAAAUGAUGUUUACAGGCACAACACCAAGACCUGUUAAGGCUGACAGUCCUGAUGUGGCAGGCUUUAACUCACCUUUCACAAAUACAUUGGUUUUUGCCCCCUAAAUUGUUUUUGUUUCACUUCCUUUCCUAAGAUGUUUUGUAUCAGUUUUCUUUUCUAAAAUGGUUUGUAUACUCACAUACUGACUUCGUAUUGUACUUCUUUUGAGACAGUGCAAUGGUGUAUUUCAAAUAACAGGAUGUCUUAAAAUCAUAUUGUUUAAAGAUAUUACAUUUUCUAUCAUUUCAUCCCUUUUUAGUGGUAAAGCAUAUAUUAGAUCUAUGAAUAUUUAUUUAUUACAGAUCAGAAAAGUGAAAUGUAUUUAAAUAUGAUGUAGUCUAAAUUUUAUUGUUGUGUGUAAGAUGUGCUUAAGUGUACCUGUUGUUUAUGAGCAAUUUAAUAAAUGAUCUUGUAUGGCCAAGACCUGAUUUCUUUGCAA